AUGUAUCCGUACGGUCUUAAAGAUUACGAGCUAUUUUCUAAGAUAAACAGAAUACAGCUAAAGAAAAAGAAGAACUCAGAUGGCGUUGAAAGGGAUUAUUAUAUUAAUUGCAGCAGAUGCGUCGAUAAAGAGGAUUGGUUUGUAUCUUUAAAACGUGGCAGUAAACUUCAACACGGCGAACCAGCUUUAAAAGAUUUGCAGUCAUCCUUACAAAACUCAGCUCAUUUUGAUCAAGAUGCCAUGAACCAUUUAAUAUCGACUAUUCAUAGUGACCCAAGUAACUUUGAGCUACAAUGGCUAAAUGCAUUAUUAGGGAGAAUCUUUCUGGGAAUUUACAAGACAGAAACAACAAAAUCCUUUUUUUACAACAAGAUUCUUUCGAAAAUAGCAAAACUGAACGCUCGCAGACCCCCAUUUUUGGGAGAAAUCACGGUACGUUCAGUGGAUGGAGGACAUGGGCCACCCUAUAUCACUCAACCUCGACUAAUCCAUCUCAGCCCCCAAGGAGAGUACACGGGCGAUGCUCACUUAUUUUAUGAUGGCCAUUUUCGGGUGGAAUUGGAGACAGUUUUAAAAUGGAAAUACUCUGACCAUUUUGCACCAAUCCGUAUUGACCUUGUAUUAGCUAUAACGUUGAAAUCAAUAGAGGGGAAAAUAAUGUUUAAAAUCAAAGAGCCCCCUACAAACCGAGCUUGGCUAGGAUUUUACAAGAAACCGAAAAUGGAAUGGAUUGUAGAGCCUUUAGUUUGGGAAAAACGUAUGGGCUACUCAAUGGUUAGCAAAGCAAUCCAAUCAAAAAUCGAAGAGAUUAUCUCGGAAACGAUGGUUUUACCUAACAUGGACGAUAUGGUGUUCUUCCAGACGGAAGGGGUAGGCGGAAUCUAUGGUAAAGAAUCAGACCCUGACAACAAACCAUUUACAGGAUAUAAUAAAGCAUCGGCUGCUUCCGAUGUAUCAAGCUUGUCAUAUCAAUCACUGCCGGAAUUGUACUCUGCGCCUUCAGAAUUGGUAGUUUCCGCCGAUCCAUUCCCGUUACUCAGUACUAGUGUUUCUUCCACAGUCGUCGCGCCACCGAAAAAAAGUUGGUUUAAACGCAACAAUAAAGCAACUGUUGAACAGCAAGAUUUUGAAAAUGAUACUCCAAUUAUAGAUACCCCAUCACAACAAACCUUAAAAUCUGUUAUUACACCAAUCAUGAUAAAACAGCAGGGUAAUACAGAGAGCAAAACAAAAGUGAAACGUUUAGUCAGUGGUACAAACAGGGCACAAUUUCUUGCUACAAAUGUUGAUCACUCUAUUCAAUCGCUUUUACUAAAUACGAAAGCUGCGGAAACUCCCACGGUUCAAAAAUCAAGUCCUCCUUACUCAAAAAAUACAUCAACACCAAUUUUGGGUAGCAGUGUUGACCCGCAACAUUCAAUUAGACUGAGUAAAAAAAUGUUGUUAUUAGUAGACCAACAGCCCUCCAGAAUGAGAUCAAAGUCCUUACCAAGCACCGGGCUGUCAAUAGACGUCGCACAGAUGGGUGGUAGAACUAAUGAGUCAAUAAAAAAAUGA